UUAAUGUUUUGCUCAACGUAUUUUAUUUUUUUAAUUACUUUUAAUAUUGUGAUUUUUUAAAGUAUGGCAACAAAAAUUAGCCCUAGAGAAGUGUUGGAAUAUUUAAACGACUUGGGUUAUCAUAACGUAAACCCGCAACAACUGAAAGAAUUUGUUUACGACUUGAAGAAACUGAUAAAGUAUGAAGAACGAAAACGAAGAGAACAAAGUAUUGAAAAUACAUCAGUGCCAAAAGAAUCGAGGAAAGACAGCAAAGAUGAUGUAUUUGUAGUUUUACAUUCACAAGGGACUCAUUCUUCAAGAGCCAAAAUUGUUCCAAAAAAAGAAAGUGUGAUUUCAUUGAAAAUCAAGACUAGUAAGGCAUCACAUCAUUGUCAGGAAACCACGACUGAGCCACAAACAGCCCCUAGGAAGAGUACAGAAGACUCGCUUGAUUUUGUACCUGUUAAAGAUGUACCUGCUAAAAAAGUGACUAGUUCUCAUAAGCCUAAAGGUUCCUUCAUAAGACCUGCAGUUCAAACGAAUAAAAAGAAUGACCCUGUGGCCUUGUACCACCAGUAUCAGAUGUGUUGGAAGCGACAGAAAAUUCCAGGUGAAGACAAUAGAACUGACUUGAGAUGGGCAAUAAGAGAAAAAAUGAUGAGUGGACCCAAAGUAACAAGAGCUUAAAUCUUUCUUUGUCAGUGUAUUAUGGCUUUUAUGUUAAAACGACUAAUUUUAUAAUAAAUUGUUACAAUUAUAUUGUUUAUUACGUG